AAAUGAACACAGACUUUACUCGUCCUUGGCACUUUGACAAUUACAUGUGUAUUCAAAAACUACAAUUCCCAGAGGGGCUAUGAAGGGGUUGGCGCUAUGCACAGAGAAAGCACAAAACGGUAAGGUCCUUGUGCUGCAUUGUUUAUUAGUUGCAGUGGGCUUUCUAAAGUGAAGGUGGCGGCAGCAGAUGUAUUAAAAAAAGAAAAGAGAGAGCGAGAGAGACAGUAGCUGACGCGAGCUGUAGCUCUGCUUACCCAUCACUAGUUGCAACUAGAUUUACAGUGCUACCCAGUGUCGGCAAAUUGAUAGUAGCUGUUGGAGAUAUAACAAGUCUGAAAACAGUUGUGCGCUCAUAGUGAUUUUGCGUAUUCUGAUAUUAAUUUCAGUUGAAUAGUCAAGAUGCAGUGACAUUAUGAUCCCUCGCCUAUUACUGCAUAUCUGGGUUGUAUAUGAAGCCAUCUUCUUAAACCAGUUCAGUUCUUGUCUGAAUAAUGAAGAUGUUACUAAUGUUGUUUCUGGAUUUAAACCUGGAUAAAACCAAUGGAGACUACUGUUCUCGUUUUUGACGCUUUUGAGACCUAGUGUAUUGGAUGUUGACAGUAACAUGGGUCUUGUAGAAAAUGUUAAAAAUUGAGCUUUGGGGCAUAUACCAAGAUUACUGGAUCGUUAAAAACAGUUGUAAAGCAACAUUCUAAUUGGGGGGAAAGAGGGGAACCCCCGUUGCUGGGGGAUGUUUGGAUAUAUCUCAAUUUCCGUGGCAUCCUACUGGAAAUGUAGUCUAUAUGGGGAUGUACUGACCGUGGACUUAUCGUGAAUUAGGAAAAAAACACAUUCAAGUAGUUGCAGUGACCAUUAUUUGUUGAGGGAGGAGGUGUGGGACAUGAAGACAGCAACAAGGGAGACCCUCGCCUGUCUUAAGUCUCCACUCACUCCUUGUGCACUGCUUAGCUUGAUGGCUUUACUUCCUUGAGAUCUUGGUAAACUGGGGACAGUGGUUUUGUUUUUGAAGUGUGUUAUGCGUUAUUGUUGACCAUUGAGCGCGAGUAUGGAACGUUAACAUCUACAGAAAGUGACAGCCUCUUCAGCCGACAAGCAACGCCUAGCAUUUUCUUGGGAGAAGUUGCAUCGCUUUUUGCAUGGGAAUUUUAUAUGGGAUUUACAUGCACUAGACCUUUAAUGUGCAUAUUCGAGGGCUGAAAACUUUGUCCCCGUAUUUUAUUUUAUUUCAUUUAUGGUCUUGUUUUCAAAUGAGGAUUUAUUUUUUAUCUGGAUUAAUUUUCAAGCUAUGUAAUUUGCCACACUGAAUAUAUACUGUAUGUUUAACUGAUCUUGAUCUAGCAGGACGCGUAACUGUUUAAGCAAACAUAUUUUUAAAUGACAGCCUCUGGUUUUUGGUGGCUUUGGAACUGCUGGGGAUAAUUCACGUUGAUGCCUCCGGGAGGUGGUGGGCCCAUGAAAGAGUGCGAGUAUAGUCAAAUCAGUACCCACAGCUCGUCUCCCAUGGAGUCUCCCCACAAGAAAAAGAGGACUCCCAGAAGGAAAUGGGAGGUUUUUCCUGGGAGGAAUAAAUUCUACUGUGAUGGACGAAUCAUGAUGGCCAGGCAAACUGGAGUGUUUUAUCUUACUGUCUUCCUGAUAAUUGUAACCAGUGGACUCUUUUUUGCUUUUGACUGUCCAUAUUUAGCAGUGAACAUUACUCCAGCAGUUCCUGUGAUAGGUGGUAUCCUUUUCUUCUUCGUGAUGGGAACCCUGCUGAGGACUAGUUUCAGUGAUCCUGGAGUCCUUCCUCGGGCAACACCAGAUGAAGCUGCAGACCUAGAACGGCAAAUAGGUAACACAGAAGAUGUUGCAAAUGGUUCAAGUUCUGGUGGAUAUCGACCACCUCCCAGAACAAAAGAAGUGACCAUCAAUGGACAGUUGGUGAAGCUCAAGUACUGUUUCACGUGCAAGAUAUUUCGGCCACCCCGUGCCUCUCACUGCAGUUUGUGUGAUAAUUGUGUAGAUCGGUUUGACCAUCACUGUCCCUGGGUAGGCAACUGUGUGGGGAAACGGAACUACCGAUUUUUUUACAUGUUCAUUUUAUCGCUGUCCUUUCUGACAGUCUUCAUCUUUGCCUUUGUUAUCACCCACAUCAUCUUACGUUCGCAGGAGGCAGGAUUCCUAAAUGCCCUAAAGGACAGUCCAGCAAGUGUUUUGGAGGCCGUGGUGUGCUUUUUUUCUGUCUGGUCAAUUGUUGGACUUUCAGGAUUUCAUACAUAUUUAAUCAGCUCCAAUCAGACUACAAAUGAAGAUAUAAAGGGAUCUUGGUCAAGCAAAAGAGGUAAAGAAAACUACAAUCCCUACAGCUAUGGCAACAUCUGUACUAACUGCUGUGCAGCUUUGUGUGGGCCUUUGCCUCCAAGUGUAAUUGACAGAAGAGGAUUCAUUCAGCCAGAUUCACAGCAAUCAACAGCACCAUCAAAUGGUGUCACCAUGUAUGGGGCGACCCUGUCUCAGAGUAACAUGUGUGACCAAGACCAGUGCAUUCAGAGCACCAAGUUCGUAUUACAGGCUGCAACUACACCAUUAUUACAGACUGAACCCAGCAUAACUGGUGAGGAACCCCCUUUGCCAGGAAGGACCACCAUUAAUGCAACAUGUGGCACCUUACCACUUGGGCAGCCGACACCGCCAUCAUCCAUUCCAAAUCUCACAGCUGAGACAAUGUUGACAGAUGUAAUGCUGCCACUAAAAGACCAGCAUAAAGGUCACCAGUUCCUUACACCGGAGGAUGCGCCAUCACCACCCGGAAUGCUGUCUUCAGGGGGUCUCAUUACACACAGCCGCACCAUGCAUGUCUUGAACCCAGCUAGCCAGGAUUCUUUGCAUGAAGACUCUGUACGAGGCCUUGUGAAGCUGAGCUCAGUUUAACACCGUACUCUGUUUCUCAGAUAUGACUGUCCUGCAGCACUGCCACAUUGGAUACAAUGCUUAUACCACAGCUAGGUUUUUCAUGGUUUAUCAUAAGAAGGAAAAGACCACAGAAAAGACUGAUCCACUUAAAAAAUGGAGCCUUUUUAAUGACAGGAUUAUGCCAACCUUGUUUGCUUUUUUUUUUUUUUUUUGUAAAUUUCACACUUGAUUGUAUUAAAUUCCAUUAAACAGGUAUUUUGGUUUUGAAAAUAGCAGAACCUUCUGGUUUCAACAGUUUCAAUUAUCCUGCAAAUUGGGAUCCUGUUUAGGAAUUGUUGUGAACUGUGUUGUAGUACAGAGAAAGUUUUCGGACUUUGCGUCUUAACUUUUUCUUCCUGAACUUCACCAUAUUAAAAGGUUUGAGGUUGUUUUAAGAAGCACUGAAUAAUUAUGCCAUUAAACUUCAGAACUUUAAUCAUUCCAUGAUAGUUGAUAGCUGCAGAAAGGGGGACUGCAUGCCACACUCUCAGAUGUGUUAACUGUGGUGUUUAUUUAAGAUAGCUCUGCUUUAUGAUUUUAUUUGUGUUUUAAGCACUGCUUUUUAUAAGUGAAAAAAAAAAGAAAACCAGACCAGAAAGCGUCUCAGAGGUAAUAUGAUCCUUUUUUCACAUACUGCAAUCCUUUCUGAAUUUCUCAUUGAUGUCUGAAUUAUGGAGAUUGCUCAUUUCUCCCUUGCAAGUUAUUCAUAACAUUUUUAUGUUAUAAAAUAUGUUCUAUUACAGUAUUGUGUUGUGCCAUAUUACCAUUUCCAGUGUGAUGAGGUUACAUGUGGACAAUAAAUAAAACAAUGUCCUUUA